CCGGCCCGGAAAUGCCUUUCUUCCUCAGCAAUCUCGAACAACUCGGGGAGAUUAUAUCUCUCGCCUACCAGCUUCCAUAAGCCAGCUCUCUCAAUAAAAGCCUUGAUGUCCUCUCUUGACCCCGUGCCCCUCUUCUUCUUGCCUCUUCUGCACCCCGCGGCCACUCCAAAGCAUUACACCCCCAAGACAUUUGCUGAUGCAAAUAUCUGUCUGGGCAGCGCAUGGGUUGCAGCCGAAUCAGGGCUAGACCGAGUCGCAUUACGAGGCAGUCGCCUUCCCCUCCCCACGUCCAGACGCACGAGCAUCUGCUCUGACUUUUGGUCCACCGCUUGAUACACCCACGAUACCUGAGAUCUCUCUUCGCCUACCUAGGUUGUUGUACGUGAAUCCUUCCUGGCCAAGCCUUAGACUGCGGAGUUGAGAGUUGCACUCGAGUUGGCACAUGGUCUUCCUCCAAGACACCUCCAUCCUGCAAUUGUCGUCUUCAAUCUGCCUCUGAUCAUGGCCUCCAUUCUCUCUUCCAUCUGCUCUUGACCACUUCACAUCUCAUAUGCCUACCGAUCCACGCUGACUGAGACUCCCGUUUCAAGGCAAGGAUCCUUGUGGCCCCUCGGCCCUCCAAUCCAAUCCCUGCCCUCAAUUGUUCCGUCCAUUCCGCCGCAGAUCACCUCUAGUCAGAUACGACCACCCCAAGAAAAUCCGCCUGCGAUUCCCACAUCCAUUCCUCAUUGACACCCUUGAUCCUUCGGCCUCGAAACUGAACCUGGCGAUCUCACGAGAUCACGCAAAACGAUUUUUCAGACUUUCUCUACCUCCACCCCUAGCUCAAUCUACCUCUGCCCAUCCUGCAAUCGCUGGUCAUUCUGGUCGUCGGAGUUCGUUGGCGAACUCCGUAGAGGAGAUGGUACUCGCAGAGGCUGGGAGAGGGUCUCCAGAGCGGAGAGGUCGGAGUGGAAGCUCAACCAGUGGGCCUGUCGGCGGUCUGAUUUCGCGUCCAAGAGUCGACAGCGACGUUCGAAAUGCCACAGGCACUCCCGUCAAUUCAGAGGUGCCAAUCAACACAACUCAUCUGUCAGAUGAGAAGCCGGUCGCCAGCGGAAAUGGCGUCUCUGUCAUUGUUUCACUCGCCGAACCAGUCUUAUUCCUCCAGGGCUUCGACGCGAAUGACCCUACCAGUCACAGCACCACAAUGCUCCGAGGGAGUCUCCUGUUGAAGGUCCAAAAACAGGCCAAGUUGAAGUCGAUAUCACUCAACUUUCGCGGAAAGUCUGAGACCGAGUGGCCCGAAGGCAUACCCCCCAAACGGGUCGAAUUCAGAGACACAACCAUCAUCAUGAACCACACCUGGUCUUUCUUCAAUGCGCAAAUCCCACAAGCCGAGAAUAGUUAUGGGGCAGAUCUGGUCCAACUCCAAAAAGGUCCUUCGGUCGAAGCCAAAGAACUCGGCGUCACCACAUCAUCUUUUGAUCUCUUCCAGCGCAGUGCCUCACCUGCCAAAGUCCCCAGUGCCCGAGACAUGAAAAGACUAUCUCUCCAAGCAAACCAAUCGCGAAGUUUUGGAAAGGGAGACACCAUCAAUGGUGGUCCAACCGUAGCUCAGAAAGGCUUCAAGGUCUUCCACCCUGGCGAUUAUAUCUACAACUUUGAGCUGCCUCUAGAUUCUCGGUUGCCAGAAUCCAUCAACGUCGAUCUUGGCCAUGUCAAGUAUGAAUUGGAGGCUCUCGUCGAGCGUUCCGGUGCAUUCCGCGCAAAUCUCGUUGGCACCAAGGAACUCACCCUGAUUCGAGCCCCUGCUGAAGGCUCGCUCGAACAAGUCGAACCAAUUGCCAUUUCUCGAAAUUGGGAGGAUCAGCUGCAUUACGAUAUUGUCAUUUCCGGCAAGUCGUUUCCACUGGGCUCCACCGUACCCAUUGCUUUCAAGUUGACCCCUUUGGCCAAAGUGCAAUGUCAUCGUAUCAAGGUCUUCGUUACCGAGAAUAUACAAUACUUCACCAACAACAAAAAGGUACACCGGCUUGAGCCCACGCGAAAGGUCCAACUCUUUGAGAAACGUGCAGACGGCCACAGCGUGAGUUCAUAUCCUGGCAGUUCAAUGCGUAUCAUUGCUGGAGGCGGUGUUCCCUAUGACUUCCGCCAGGCUGCCGCCGCCGGAGACGAGGAUAUCCCUCGAGAUCAGACCAAUCUGCUAGGCAACCUCGACAAUGAUGCUGGCAGCAUUGGCCCUACUGAAAUGGAGUUCAAUGUUCAACUUCCAAAUUGCCACCAAAUGAAAGAGAAGCUGCGCAACGAACGACUACAUUUUGACACAACAUACUCCAAUAUUCAGGUGAAUCAUUGGAUCAAAAUCGUCAUGCGCCUGUCUCGCCCAGACGAGAACGAUUCUGCAAAACGAAGGCAUUUUGAGAUUUCGAUCGAUUCUCCAUUCAAUAUUUUAUCUUGCCGUGCGACACAGGCGAAUAUAUCCCUCCCGGCUUACAGUGCUGGAGGAAUGAGUGCACCCGCAGCUGACGAGUUUGAGUGUGGAUGUCCGGGAGCCGCUGUCCGAAGACGGAGCACACCUAAUGUUUCGCUUAAUAAUGUUCCUACUCUUUCAAAUCCAGCAUUUCCUAGUGGCCCCGGUGUACAACGCAGCUGGACCAACGACAGCGGUGGUUUGACUUUACCAACCCAAGCCCAUGUACACAACGACCCCAACUCGGGGCAAUCUCGACCAAUUCAUCUUCUUCGAAGUCCGUCAUUCAACCCACCGGCUUUUGACGACGAAGACCCUCCCCCGCCUCUGGUUACACCACCACCGUUAUAUGAUAAUAUUGUGCCUGGCGACUCCAAUAGCGCGCUGGCCGACUAUUUUGCGCGACUCGCCGAUGAAACAUCGGAUGAAGAUGACCGUUUAGAUCGGUCGCGGAUAGAUCAUCCCCUCACUCCUGGCGGGCGGGUCAACAGAAGCAUGGAUAUCCCUCGAAACUGGUUACCUCUAAAUAGGCCUGGGUCUACAGCGACCGACCCAUCGGCAUCAUCUACAUCAGUUGCUAACUGAGGCGCAUGAGCGUCGGAGCUUGGCUAUAUAAGAAACAGGAGUAUCUAAUUAAGGGCCAUAUGUAUCUCUUGAAAAGAGUUUUGAUUUGGAAUGGGCAUGAGUGAAUGAAACUAUGAUGACUGUAAGGGCAGAGCAUUUGUCUUGAGGAUUGAAAAGGGAUUCAUAACAGCUAUUUGGGCAGGGUUGGUUGAAGCACCACGAGGCUUAACAAUGUGACGAUGUACCAAUUAACUAUUUGCCUUAGUUAACAAAGGACAGAUCUAAUGUUGAGAUGAUUUACCUGAA